CUGCCUGCCUGCCCAGCUCCCUGGACUCCCUGUUGCACCGCUUUCUUUCGUGCUCACACCAAGGACAGCUACGCAUUGCAUGGGUGUCCCUAUCUUCGCUGCCCACUCAGGAGCAACUCUGCCAUCCUUCUCCGGGGGUUCCCACUGCGGGACUCCCAGAGAGCACAGAUCUGAGUAAUCGCCAUUUGAAAGGCAGCUUUGGAUUUAACCAAGAUGUCUGUGAAAAUGACAGCAACCCUGCUUCUACUACAACUGAGUGGCCUCUUUAGAUCUGGGAGUGGUGGGAAGGUGCUGGUGUGGCCAGUGGAAUACAGCCAUUGGCUCAACUUAAAGAUAAUCCUAGAAGAACUUGUGAAGAAGGGCCAUGAAGUGACUGUUCUGAUACCCUCAGCUUCACUUUCUUAUGAGGUCGAGAACACGUCUGCUAUUGAGUUUGAGACCUACCCUUCAUCCUUUCCCAUGGCUGAUUUGGAGGAACUUUUUGUGGGCUCACUCAGGAAACACAUUUAUGAAUUGCCAAAGCAAUCACUUUGGAGAUAUUUUUUAAUGUUGCAAGAACUUUUUUGGUUAGACUCUGACUUUUCUGAGAGUCUCUGCAAAGAUGCAGUUUUUAACAAGGAACUCAUGACAAAACUACACAAUUCAAGCUUUGACGUCAUGGUAGCAGAUCCCUUCAUGCCCUGUGGUGACCUACUGGCUGAGCUUCUCAAGAUACCACUUGUGUACAGUCUCCGCUUCUUUCCUGGAUCCACAUAUGAAAAGUACAGUGGAGGACUCCCACUGCCUCCUUCCUAUGUGCCUCCUGCUAUGUCAGAAUUGAGUGACCGAAUGACAUUCAUGGAGCGGGUGCAAAAUGUAAUCUAUGUGCUUUGUUUUGACUUUUGGUUCCAAACAUAUAAUGAGAAGAAGUGGAAUCAGCUUUAUAGUGAAGUAUUGGGAAGACCCACGACACUCACCGAGUUGAUGGGGAAGGCAGAUAUAUGGCUCAUUCGAACCUACUGGGAUUUGGAAUUUCCUCACCCUCUCUUACCAAAUUUUGAUUAUGUUGGAGGACUCCACUGCAGACCUGCCAAGCCUCUGCCUAAGGAAAUAGAAGACUUUGUCCAAUCAUCUGGAGAACAUGGUGUUGUGGUGUUUUCCCUGGGGUCUAUGGUGGGUACCCUAACAGAAGAAAGGGCCAAUAUGAUUGCAGCAGGCCUUGCCCAGAUUCCACAGAAGGUUCUUUGGCGAUUUGAAAGCAAGAAACCAGACACCUUGGGCCCCAACACUCGGCUGUACAAAUGGAUUCCCCAGAAUGACCUUCUUGGUCAUCCUAAAACCAGAGCUUUUAUAACUCAUGGUGGCACCAAUGGCAUCUAUGAGGCGAUCUACCAUGGGAUCCCUGUGGUUGGCAUUCCUUUGUUUGGAGACCAAUAUGAUAAUGUUGUUCGUAUGAAGACCAAAGGAGCAGGUGUUAGACUGGAUUUUCUCACAAUGUCCAGUACAGAUUUGGUUGAUGCAGUGAAGACAGUCACAAAUGACCCUUCCUAUAAGGAAAAUGCCAUGCGGCUAUCAAGAAUCCACCAUGAUCAACCAAUGAAGCCCCUAGACAGAGCCGUCUUCUGGGUUGAGUAUGUCAUGCGCCACAAAGGAGCCAAGCACCUUCGUGUGGCAGCACAUGACCUCACCUGGUUCCAGUACCACUCUCUGGAUGUGCUUGGAUUCCUGUUCACCUGUGUGCUGACUGUGAUGCUAAUCAUGAUGAAGUGUUGCCUCUUUUGUUGCCAGAAGUUUUCUAAAGCUGGAGAGAAGAAGAAAAGGGAGUAGGUGAAGUGGGUAAGAUGGACACAUGAACCUCCCCAAGUGCAUCACAGCAAGACAGGCUCUCCAUCUUAUCCCUUAGUCACAGCUGACCUGGACACUGUCACUCUUAUUUCAGCCUUUUGUAGUAGAUGUGAGCUGUCAAAAGUUCCAUUUUCUCUCACUUAUAAAGUAUACAUGCAAAAGAAUAUCACAAUUUUUAAGUCCCAAAAUCACUAACCUCAUAUUAUUUUCCCAAUGUGAAAUGUCCUGCAAAGAGUCAUAAUUUGUUUUGUUUAUUUUGCUUAAUUUCUUCUUUUAGAAUUUCUUACCUUGCUUCAGUGAAAUAUUAAAUUGAUCCCUCAUGAUCACAUUCCUGCUUCCCACUGGAUCUCACCCAAUAUGUCCAAAUCACAAACUUUCUGUCCUGUAAUUUUUAAUAACCCAGUAAGUCCAGUUAGUGCUUUCUAUAGAUGAUGACUGCAUGCAUUCAUUGGAAGACAGGGCUGCAUCAUGACCAAUGUACCAGUGUCCACUCAACCCCCACAGCAAUGAUUCAUCACCUCCUAGAAUCUAUGACUGCUGAAAGCUCUUUAUUUAUGGGAGGAGUAUUAAGAUAUGAUCGCCAUUUAUUAUGAAAAUUGGUCUACCUGAUCUUAUUCAAGUCCUGUGCAGCUGAUAGAUUCUUUGAGUUUAUGAAGGCAAAAGCCAUGGCAUGUCCAGAAGAAAGUGUUCCCUAACAUUUUUCUUCAUCAUCGGGCUCUUGCAUUCUUUGCACGUUCUUCUGCAGUAGUGCCUGUGCCUUGACAUGGACUUCAUAAUUCUCAGCCCUUUGAGCAGGUGGAAGUCUCUGAGUUGAAUGGUGUCCAUUACAACAAAAGCUUCUUUGAUGAAGGCUAAGACAAGCCAGAUAUAUGACUAUGGCUGUUACAAUAGACAUUUAGAAGGUAAUUUGCCAACAUGACCAUUUAGCAAAAUAGCAAUAGUAGGAUCUAAGCUAGGAUUUCCUGGACCUUUAAUCAGGUUUAUAGUGUCAGGUUCUUCCCAGUAGAGUGUGGUUCAAAUCCAAUUAGAAAAUAUUUAGUGAUCCAUCUAGUUAGCUCCAGGUGCUAACUUGACAAAGCCUAGAGUCAGAUGUGAGGAAAUUCUGGCCUACAGGCAAGUCUGUGAGAGUGGAUUUUGAUUCUCUUUUUCUUGAUCUUUUAUUAUUAUUGUUAAGAAAUUUUCUAUUCAUUUUACAUACCAACCACAGAUCCCCCUUUCCUCCCUCCUCCCACGCCCCAGCUUUCCCCCAUAACCCAUCCCCUGGUAUUUGAGUCUUGAUUUACUGGACCAUUCUUGUGGUCUUAUCCACAGCAGAUCGAGAUGACCUGAUAUAGGAGAGGCCAUCCCUGUGGUCCUCUGUGGGGGCCCACAGAGGUUUCCCAGUGAGAUCUGAGCUUGCUUUACACAGCAGGGCUGCAUUAGGGAAUGGCUGAUCCAUGUGCAUGGUCACCAGGCAUCUGGAAUGGACUGCACUUGGCUGGGCUGGGGGGAGCUCUUUUGCUCCACCUCUUGGCAUUCCUUUUAAAAACCCUUUAGUAGAGAUAGAAGGGUCUGGUGGGUUCAGACCCAGGCCCUCCCAAGGCCCUCCUGUGUUUUCUAACUAUCUAUCUAUUCUCUAUACUUAUAUGUACAAAUUCCUCAUUUCUCCCUGCUCAAGAAUCUACCCUGGGAGAAUGAGAGGGAGCUUGUCUCCCUCAGUCCUCUCCACAUUAGGCUGAGCCUUUCUACACCAUGAUGGUCCUGCACUGAAUAAGGAAACUCAUUAAGAAUGAAUCUGGGAGUCACACAACUCCAACAUUAUUUUGAGGUCAUAUCAGUUAUUGUUCAGAUAUAGCCAUGUGUCAUUAUACCACCAUCAAAUUUCAUUUCUGUUCCAAUUCAUAAAAAUCCAGGAAUCCUAAACAUCAGGAAUAAAACAGCCAAUGGCACUCAAGUCAUAGCAUCUUGAAAAGCUGUAUUACUCAUUUCUACUUUUAGUAACAGCUCACACCCACCUUAUAUUAGGUUCAUCCUGGACAGAAACUGUGUCUUCUUCAUGUAUCUCCACUUCAUAGCACAAUGGGACACUCAAUGAAUGGUUUUGAAUUGAAUUCUAUAAUUUGGGUAUGUACUUUAAGUUUCUCAUGGGUAGGAUAAAAUUCUAAAUGUAAGAACAAGACUAUUCUAAUCUGAGAUCAUAUAUGAUUCCAAUAUAACUUAGUGCUAUUCAAGAAAUGGGAAGAAUGCUUCAAGGCAUAGUGUGAUUUCUGUUUGCAGUUGACAUGAGUUUAUUAUGAAAAACCAGGGUAUUCUAUCUCAUGACCCAGAACAUAAGACAUAGAUUAUCUGUGUGAUGUAAAAGAGUUCCUAUAAUUAGUUUUGAAGUUCUAAUAGCAAAGAGUGAAAACAAUAGUUAUCACUUUAUAGACAGCAGAGUUAACUACAAGUCUCCAGAUAAGAGCAAGACAAAAGAAAACUCUAUCUAGCACAUGAUGUGGCUCCAUAUGUUAUAGGUGAAAAAUGCUUUGUGCAGUGCAGAAUUACAAAAAUAUCUAUGUCAUUGCCACCCUAACCCUGCAAUAAAAUAUCCACACAUUCUGAAAUGGACUCCUGUAAUGGUAAGCAUUCAAUUUCAGAAGAGACAAGAGGUCUUCUGUUCAAAUGUAAGCUUAACCCGACUGGAGCACCAGGUGAAAUUAACACAUUUUGCUGUGGGAUGGUCUUUCUGUAUGCUUUAAUUAUGUGUUGCUACCAUAUUGUAGCUGCUCCGUCCUGUGGCAAGAAAGGUUAUAGCCAAGUGGGAAAUCCAAGAAAGAUUCAAGGAGAAAAAAGACAGAGUCAGAGAUACACUGAGAGCCACCAGUGGAACAAGAUAUAAUGGAACACAGGUAAAGCCACAAGACACAUGGUGAUACAUACAUAUACAAUAGAAACGGGUAAAUUUAAGAUGAAAAAGCUAGCUAGCAAGAAGCCUGAGCCAUAGACCAAACAGAUUGUAAAGUGAGUGAUUAUUUUAUGAGCUGCUGCGGGCCACGUGGGACACAGGAAAACUUGCAGCUACACAAUUUUAUCAACUACGAGAAGGAAAUCCUGAAUGAGAAGCACACACACACUGAAACUAGAAACCAUCUUACCACCAAUGCAGAGCUGAGCCCUUCUACCAUAAACAGUUCAAAGCUCAGAGUUCAGAAGCAGCAGAAACCCUAGUUAGUGAAGAUGAAGUGAGCCCUGGGACACCUGUCACACUUGUAAAGUAGACUAUACUUUACAAAAGGGUAGCGUGAAUUCUAAUUAGUCUUAAUAAUAAAAACCUAAGGUCAGAUAUCGGGGUAAAUGCUGAAAGGUCAGAGAGGUAAAGGAAUCAGACACUAGAGAGACUGCUCACCUCUACCAAAUCCUCAAACUGAAUGGCUGAGCUCCUGUCUCCUCCCCCCUUGUAUUAAUGUCUCCUUCUUAGUAGUGUUGGAAUUAAAGAUAUGUGCUUCCA